UACCCGUCUUCACCCAUGUCAGGGGCAGCUGAGGAGCCGAUGGAGUUGGGUCGGGCUCGCCUUACUCCGGAAGAGAGACAGAAGAGGAUCCGUGAGAGUAGGUGUAUCUACUGUGCUCAGCCUGGCCACUUCAUUGCCCACUGUCCGUUAAAAGGGCAGGCUCACCAGUAAAGUACAGGGUCCUGGUCAGUCAGUCAACUAUUAUUAAUAGUCCCUCUCGCCCCAUGCCCACAGUAACUCUUUCUUCUCUCUGUUCUCCCGUGUCACAGGUGGUGCUGGUGGAUUCGGGUGCCAAUGCCAAUUUAAUGGAUGCCACCCUCGCCAGAGAGCUGGAUUUUUUGCCUCUGUCUACUCUCCUGGAAGCCACUGCUCUCGACAGCCGGCUUCUCUGGCAGAGUUACAGGCUAUGAAGGAGUAUAUCGACUGCCUUGGCAACGGGAAUAAUCCGACCCUCCUUGUCUCCUGCCGAGGCAGGAUUUUUCUUCAUUGAGAAAAAAAGACAAAAAAAAAAGUCACUCAGGUCCUGCAUUGACUACUGUGAACUUAAUGACAUCACUGUGAGAAACAGGUACCCCCUCCCUCUAAUUUCUUGUGCUUUUGAACUGUUGCAAGGUGCUAAGAUUUUCACCAAACUGGAUCUGAGAAAUGUGUAUCAUCUAGUCAGGAUUAGGGAGGGGGAAAACUGCUGGUCUUUCCUUGGGUUGAUGGCAUCCGAGGGGCAGGUGAGCAUGGACUCCGGUUCUAGUUCUGCCUGAUCCCAGUCAGCAGUUCGUGGUGGAGGUGGAUGCAUCUGACGUGGACAUCGGCACUGUCGCAGUCCUGUGGAUGGUAAGCUCCAUCCCUGAGCAUUCCUGUCCCGCAAACUGUCGGCGGCUGACAGGAAUUAUGAUGUGGGCAACCGGGAGUUACUGGCUGUGAAGGUUGCUCUGGGAGAAUGGAGGCACUGGUUGGAGGGGGCGGAGCUAACAUUCUUAGUAUGGACAGAUCAUAAGAAUCUGGGGAGGGGAAUUCCCGUCAAGCCAGAUGGGCCCUUUUCUUUAAUCGUUUCUCUUUUACGUUGUCUUACUGUCCAGGAUCCAAGAAUGUUAAGCCUGAUGCCCUGUCUCGCCUGUUUGACGUCGUCGAAGUUUGUGGACACUAUCCUGCCCUCCUCGUGUGUAGUGAGGGCAGUUUCUUGGGCGGUGGAGGAGAGGGUCAAGUGGGCUAAUGUUACUCUGACUGUCCCGGUCGGUUGCCCACUGAACCGUUUGUCCCCCCCGAGCUGAGGUCCCAGGUGAUCCACUGGACUCAUGCUUCUGCUCUUACCUGUCACCCUGGAGUGAAGAGGAUUAUGUUCGCCAUCAGGCAGAGGUUUUGGUGGCCUUCCAUGGAGGCUGAUGUGGGUGAGUAUGUGGUGGCCUGCCCGGUGUGUGCGCAGAACAAGAAGUCUCACCACCCCCCAGUCGGUCUCCUACAGCCCCUCCCUGUGCCUUCCCAGCCCUGGUCUGACAUCUAGACUUCGUUACAGGUUUCCCCUUCCGAAGGUAAAACAACAGUUCUAACUGUAGUCGACAGAUUCUAAGAUGGUGCACUGCUAAAGAGACAGCGGAGGUUGUCCUGUCCUAUGUCUUCAGUUAUCAUGGAUUACCUUGAGAUGUGGUGUCCUACCGUUCGUCUCUUAGUUCGGGAAGGCUUUCUGUUCCCUGCUUGGUGCCUCAGCGAGCCUGUCCUCGGGCUAUCACCCCCAAACCAAUGUCCAAUCCGAACGGCUCAAUCAGGAGUUGGAGACAGGUCUGCGCUGUUUGGCUUCUCGGAACCCCUCUAGUUGGAGCCGGCAGUUGGUGUGGGUGGAGUAUGUGCACAAUACUCUCCAGUGUGUCUCCACGGGACUCUCUCCAUUCCAGUGUGUCUACGGGUACCAGCCGCCACUGUUCCCAGCUCUGGAGAAGGAGGUGGGGGUCCCCUCAGCUCAAGCUCUUGUGCGGCAUUGUCGCUGUGCCUGGAUCCAAGCUCGCCAGGUUCCUCUCCGGAGUUCUUCAGCCUAUAAACAGGCUGCUGACCGCCGCAGAUCCGCUGCUGUACACUGCUGGUCAAAGAGUCUGGCUGGCCACCCGGGACAUCCCUCUCCGCGUCGAAUCCCUUAGGCUGGCUCCUCACUUCAUUGGUCCAUUUCCUAUAUCAAAAGUUAUUAAUCCUGUUGCUUUGAGGUUGAAAUUACCCGGGACUAUGAGGAUCCAUCCCACCUUUCAUAUUAGUCGAGUGAAGCCAGUGAAGGAGAGCCCCUUGGUUCCUGCUAUGCCUCCCACUCCUCCGUGCAUGGUCGAUGGCGGACUGGUGUACUCAGUUAAGAGGCUGCUGGCUGUAAGAAGACGUGGAAGGGGCCGUCAGUACCUCGUCGAUUCAGAGGUUUACGAUCCCAAAGAGAGGUCCUGGGUGUCAGCCAGUAACAUCUUGGAUUGUGUGAGUUCCAUCAGCAACAUACUGAGGAGCCUGGGCCGUCAGGAGCUGGCCCUAAAGGAGGGGGAACUGUCAGGCCUAACCCCCUGAGUUAUGUGUUCAGUUUCCUUGUGUGUUACCACUUCCUGUUUUGUUUCAGUUACUCAUCUUGUGUCUCAUUUCAGGUCUUCAUCUGCCUUCAAUUCAUGUGUGAUUACCUGUCCCCGCCCUAAUGUGCUGCACCUGUGUUUCAUUGUCCCCCCUCCCUUUGAAUAUAUAAACCCACCUUCCCUUGAGGUCUUUGCCAGAUCGUCAUGUUCCUGUGACAGCAUUCCAGCCUGAUUCCUCAUCAGUGUGUUUGACCGUAGCCUUGUUUUCCGACCUCGUCUCUCGCCUUGUGUUUUGGAUACCUUUGCCUGGACUUUUGUAUCAUCCUGCAAUAAAGUUAUUGUUCAUCUCAUCGGA